GACCGAAUAAGUUAUUGGUCACUUAAUUCCGAUAAGAUAAAAUUAGAUAUGCGCUACAUAUGUUCAAGGAAUAAGCACAUGUAGAAUCUGGGUCAGCGUCACCGUUUAAUUAGCCAUUCGCGGAUUGUGUGUGGUUGGGUUGCGGUUAUCAGGAAAUCAACAAAAAACUGAUUGCAUUACUACCACCACCAGUCAUCCAGUCGUUGCUUUAUCAUUUUAGUGAUUGACAACUCCUCCUGCUGCAAUAAAUUCCAACUCUGUUUGUCACCCCUCGUAUCAAGCUCUCCUCUUUUGCGUGGGUGUUCGCCAUGGAUAAGCCAAUGGAUAAGCAGUAUUUUGCACCAUUUCAAAAAUGAGGCUGCUUUAAUUGGGUGACAGUUUAAUAAAUAAAAAAAUAAUUUUAAUACGAUGAGGGUCAAAUUUUGGACUCUGGGUCUUUUGAUCUUUGUGGGUGGAGCGUUGUCUCGAAAUUACAAGCCUCGCACCCAACUAACAUUUUCUCCCACAUCCAGAGGCUACACAAACGUAUUAGUUGCCAUUAAUUCAAAUGUGAACGAAGCAGAUUGUGUCCAAGUGGUUCAGGAAGUGAAGAACACCUUUUCCGAGACCUCAUCCCUUCUUUACUCCGCGACGGGUGGGGCAGCUCACUUUUCUUCAGUAAAAAUCCUCCUCCCUUCCGGACGCUGUAACUCUGUGAAUGGGAUAAUCGAAACUCAGUCAGCGGCGGAUUCUUACGCCACGGCAGAUUUCAAAGUGACGGAAAGCCAUCCACUCGUGAAUCAAGGGAUGCCUUGGACGCGACAAUACAGAGGCUGCUCUUUCGGCGCAGAGGAUGUUUUUAUCCCUGCGACGAAAUUUCUACUCGAUUCUGGUCUAACGCUGAGGGAAAAAAGUGGAAUUUUACUCCAAGAAUGGGCCAAAUUCCGCUACGGCGUGUUCUCUGAAUUCAGCUAUCACGAUGACCAAUUGUAUAAUUCGUGUUAUAAAAAUUCUCGUGGGGAAGGAUUGCUUUCUUCGUGUUCGUCAACUCAACUUCCGUCGUUGUUUCAGGGCGAGGGAAACUGUCGAGCAGAAGUGGAAGCCAACAAAGAAGAACUUUUGACCAGAGUACGUGACGAUACGGAUGCUUCUUCUCUUAUGUUUUUGCCACAUUUGAGCAGUGUUACAAAAUUCUGUACGAACGAGACCCACAAUUCACAAGCUCCCAAUAAGCAGAAUAUAUUUUGUGGGGGACAAAGUGUGAAUCACGUGCGAGAAACGCAUCCCGACUUUGCCUUAUCAAAAACGGAUUCUCUUCAUCAAUCGCCACCUACAACGUUUCAAGUCCUGCGACACGGAAAUACCGACGAGUUUCAACGUGGUUUGAUAAUUCUUAUCGAAAACUCUACCACUAUACGGCAACAGAAUCGCUUGAGAUAUGUCAAGCAGGCCCUCUCCUCAGUCAUUUCCCUCCUGCCACUCGGUCAGUCAAGAGUGGGAGUCGGCUACUUCGAUGGUUCUUUGUUUAACUUAAACCAAAGAAUUCCACUCAACACUGACGCCGACAAGGUUUCCAUAAUUCAAUCCAUACCAGACGUCGACACUCUCAUACAGCGUGACCGGAUUGCUAAGGGAAAACUCCGUCAAGGAGGACCAAAUCAACUGGGCGAUAUUUUACGGACAACCCUCACCGCAAUUUCUGGCAUUGGUCUUUACGACUGGAAUCUGCUCCUCAUCAGCAACAAUCCCAGCGUCGGGUUUAUCGAUGCAGCGAAUCAAAUGACUGAAUCCUUUGCAUCACUAACCGUGGUCACGCUGGACGGAGGUGACCCUCUCUGGACGACUCUUUACACUUCUACAAAUGUGAGGAGUGUGUUAUCCGUUGCGCCAAACUGUGCUGUUCAACAUGCUGCUUGUUCUCGGUGGAGCAGUCUCGUGGCGGAGGGUGCAAUAGAAGCGAUACAGCCACAAAACAGUAAUGGUCCUCAAUGGCAGAAAAUUGGAGAGGGAGCUUUGCCCUCGGGUGCGACUUCCACCGUGCUUAUCGAGGUCAAUGGAGUGCCCAUCAGUGGGUACAAUUUCUUUAUCACGCUGUCCCAAAUAUACGCUCCGGGUUUGGUUCGUGUCCGGAAUCCAAGCGGAGCAGAGUGCAACGUUGGUACUGUGCAUGGCUAUGGUUUUCUUGUUCGUGCCACUGGGUGUGACAUUCAGACAGGAAAUUGGAGCGUGGAUCUGACUCAGCUUCCCUCGAGUGUACCUUCUUCUCAAGUGACGGUCUGGGUGGAGGUCUCGACUUCAGCUUCGCUUAAUAUCCUUACUAGUUUUGGGGCAGAUCGAAAAGCGGAAAUUAGGCCAGAUGGAGGACUUCCUAUUUUUUCUAGGAUAUCCGAUGCAUCUGACGCCCCCGUGAUAUCUGCGGUUGUUGAGGCGGAAUUGUUCAGCGAUGCCACGGUGUAUCCUGGACUGAUCUUAAAAGAUGAUGGCAUCGAUCCUGAUGUAACUCAGGACGAUGGCGUGUAUUCUGGGAUUCUAACAAAUUUUUCAGCCAAUCCAAGUUUCCAUGUGGGUCGGGUGAAGGUGACCACUGGCAAAAGCUGGGUUGUGGCAUCCUUAAAUCCAAUAAAUGCUGCCACGUUGGACGAAAGAGUAUCUGGAAAAUGCUGUGGUAGCAGAGUCCCCGUUUUGACUACGAUGCCAUUUCCAGGGGGGACGCUCACAUCUCUAAUUCCAGGUUUUAGAACUGGAGCAGCGUUCAAUCCUGGGUCAAUUCCACCGUCAAGAAUUGGACCAAUCAGGGUCGCUCAAGAUGACGGUUCAAAUAUACGCCUAGAGUUCAGGGCCCCUGGAGCGAGUAGUGAUCAAGGCAUGGUCGACCAUUACCAGUCCUGUUGCACGUAUUUUCUUGAUGGCAGUGAUCCCAGUACAUCUGAAAUAUCAUCUUGCCACCAGAUCACUCCUGAUUGUAACCCUGUGGAAGCAGGCCUCACACAGAGCUGCGUGAUAAACAGGGGAUCUCUGAAGGACAAUCACGUUGACAGUGCUCAUAAUCCCGUCGCUUUAAAUUGUGGGGUCAGAGGAGUAAAUUCAAUGGGGAGAGAAGGACAAAGCUCGAUGGGAUCAUUAGUUGUGGAUUUAGAUUCCUCAACAGGUCGAGAAGGUGGAAAGUCUGGAUGUUCCUCCCUCUCGGAUGACUGCCUUCCCAUAUCACUUUUCUGGGGGUUGAUCGGCUGCAUUGGUGGACUCCUUCUAAUCCUCCUCGUGGUCAUCCUCUGCUGGUGCAUCUAUGCUCGUCGACACCACAAAAACCCUGACCAGGAAGAAGUUCUACUGUCCACAAACAGAAAAAGAAGCAGGCUUCAACCAUCUGCAGACGUGGAAGUCACACCCCCGCCAAGAACAACCUCCGCAAAUAACAACAAGGACUCGCCACUCUACAACGUCUAUGUGAACAAGGCCUACAUAACUGACAGCGAUGGCGGUAUGAAAUUGGUAGCUGCCGACGGACAGCUCCUUCCUUUGGACGAGAAAAGACCACCAGCACAAUCCAGCUCUACAAAAAAUCCUGAACCAAUCUACAAUAGAUUCACGGGUGUUUCUAUCGCACCCGUGCCUCCCGUUCGGAGAGCGAGUGUUCUCGAUGACGAUGGUUCUCUCCGCGAUGACAUGGCAAUUUUCAAAAGCAGACCAGAACCUCCUCCCAAACCGGGAAGGCCCAAUUCUCACAAUAAAGCUGCUACUGCACCCAUUCCUCGAAACCGUGUCGCACGACCAGACUCUGGAUAUGCAAACCAUUUGCAUAACAAUAAUAAUACUGAUCCACAAUUAUCAUUUUAUCAGAAACCAGUAGCACCAGCUCCUCCUUCGCAAGUGGACAUUGAUCUCCCCGUCUACGCCUCAGUAAAUCGAAAUGGUCGGAGCAGAACGCCACUCUCGUCCCCACCAAAUUCAGGCUUUUCCACUUUCCGACCCAGCAGUGGAACGCCACGACAAGCAAUUCCAGCUCAUUUUGGGGGACGGUCAAAAGAUGAUUCCUUCGUUCCAAGCAGUACACGAUUUGCACCCAAACGCUACGACGCAUUCCCAUCAUCAGAUAGCGAGACUUACAGCGACAUGUCCAGAUCAGUGGGACCACCAUCACAAGUCCCACCAGCGCCGCCCCCAUUUCCACCGAAUAGAGGGGGAGCAAAUCAACCCCCGCCGUAUAAUCCGCCUCCUCCUCCCCCUCCACCACAAUCAAAGAGGACGGAAACUGUAGACGAUGAGUAUGAUGAUGAUAGUGAACAUUGGGACGAUGAAGAUUUCGAUUUUGAACCGCCGGGGGUUUCAUACGCAUGAAAAUUGGAGCUAAAUUUAUGUUAUUUUGGAGAUAUUUAUGUUUUUAUAUAUCGAGCUAUAAUUUGUAUUUGUUUGAGCUGAGAAUGUUAAUAAAUAAUUUUAGUAGAAUACUA